UGAAAAAGUGUCAACUUUAGCAAAUAUCGAAGCGUUAGUUUGGUGCGUGAUGUGUGCAUUUCCUUUUUGCUACUCAUUUACGGUUGGAAAAGUGUUCUAGAAAUUCAGAGCUAUCGUAAAGGCAAUGCAAAUGCAGCGAAGUGCAAUCUCUACUAGAUGAGCGCUUGAUUUCGUCCCAAUUUGGCCUAGUGAGAUGGCGUAGGAUGCUGGUGAACAUUUAUUGAAUUUUGUAUCGUUGGCUUGGAAUUUGGUCCCUUCCUACUGUCUCCGGUGGUGUACUUGAGCUCGCAGGUCAAUAGCAAGUGCAUGCGUGGAUAUAAUUGGAACAUUUAUUGUGUUGCAUAUUCGCGCGCGCGAACCAGCUUGAUAGGCAAUCGGAACAGGGUGAACAACAUUUUCACAAUACAACCACCAACGACAUCUAGCGGCGUCAAAAAGUGGUCAAGGUACGCCGUCACUUUAGACCGUCCGCUGCUGUGGCGAAGAAGAUAAACAAAACAAUUCAUCGUACCAAUCCGUCGCAGAAAAUCAAAAAUAAUUUCUGCACUCGAAAGCGAUUGGUUACCAAAUUAUUGUAUAGGACCUAUACAUUGAAAUACGCGAGAAAAAAACAGUUUCAGCCGCUUGUACGUGUGGUCGAUUGUUUGGCAAGCAAAGCCAGCAAACCCAGCAAAAUGCCACGAUUGAAAAAGAGAGUUGACGAGGAGGCCGUGGUAGUGACGAAAGCGAGGGAAAUUCCGGAAACUUUAACGGCGGGUAGAUCGCGUCGCACGAUAAAACCCAACCCAAAGUACAUGAACGAUGAAAUGCUCGUCCCUACAAGGAAUGCUAUAGACGAGAACGACAUGAGCGGAGAUGAGUACAUAGUGGAUUACGAAGAGAACGAUGAUCCGGAAGAUUCGGGCUUAAUCAUACGGAAAUCGGUAGCACCUUCCACGCCGCAAACGGACGGACAGCCGAGACGACGGGGCCGUCCGCCGAAACAAAAAAAUCUAGACGCUCCACGGACAGAGCCGGCUAAAAACCUUCGCAAGGAGGUAUUGAAAAAGAUGGAUUACAAAACGAUCAGCAUCAGCAAAUCGCGGCACUUGAGUGCACAGUUUCAUGACGGAAGACGCAAGCUUAAUUUGACCGUAGAUUCCAACGAUGCAGAUUCCGCCGAUCAAGACGAAAUGGACGAGAUGGAGAUGGAAGAACACUCCCUUCGAUCAAAUGAUAGCUCGGAACACGUGAGUCGUUCACACAGGGGUUUCAGUACGGCUGCUUUAAAGAAGCAUGCAUCUGGUAACAUCUCAGACCGGAGAGGCAGCGUUGCUAACAAAAGUUCGGCCGGCAGCAAAAAUGAAGGUACAACCGAAGAGGAUGAAUAUGACGAUGAGGCAGAUUUUAUGAACGACAGCGAUGAGCAAAAGAUGGAGGAGCCUCCACAAAUGGUGAAGGUCAAACGAUCGGUUGGAAGGCCCCGCAAGUAUCCGCUGAAGCAGGUUUCUCCAUUCGGUGGCAAGGUGCUACUGCCGGGCAUGAAAACAUCCUCUAGCACGCCCGUCCUUAAACGUAAAGCACUGGAAACGGGCGACGAAAUUAAGCAAGAAUCCCAGCAGUCGAAAAUGUUGCGCCGUUCGUACGGCAUGAAAAGCGUGAGUGGAUCUAACCGUUCGCCAGAAAUUGAGUCGGAUGAAAACAGCGAGUACAAGCGAAAACAGGUAAAUAAGUCCGCCUCAUUCCAGAACGUGCACCGUGGUCCGGGCCGCCAGACGAAAAGUGCUUACUUUACCGGACAGUCGAGCAAGCCGGAAAAGAUGCAGGGAAACCGAUCGUUCCCCGAAGUGAAAGCGGCUAAACCUACGAUAACGAUCGUAAACGUGAACGAUAUUAUGAAGAUGAAUUCCAAGAGUGCAUCCGACAUCCGGCGAAAAGUGGAAGAGGAGGAACCGGACUCGGAGGACGAGGUGGAAGAGAUGCAAUCCGGACGUGCGCAAGACGGUGGGAAAACGAACAACCAGCUGGUGGCGUCCAUCCUGGAGCGGAAGAGGCCAAUAUCGCUGGAGCACUUGCAGGCGGUACGCCGGCGUGUACACGAUUCGGGAGAGAUGGUACGUAACAGAGUAGAAUUGAAACCGAAGCGUACCACAAGGGGCGUUACGGAAACUCUUACCGAAGACGAUAUCGUUGACUUCGAGGAUGUCUUGCAGAAGAAUAUUGUAAGCGCUAACAAAGGCCCCCGACCGGUUACGGUCGGAGCGGUUCGAGGACGGGGACGACCGUCGGAAAAUUCCCAACCGGAUGAAAACUUCAGCGGCAGUUACGGUGCACCCAACAGCAAACGUUACCCGCAGGGCAAUCGGAUGAGCAUGGGAGGAAAAGCGGCCGGCACCCCAAGGCGCUCGUUGCAACCGCCACGAAUACUGAACGCGACCAUGAAGUUGGGCGACAAUCGUCCUCGUUCGAAGCUGUCCAGCGGUUCGGGCGACAAUCACUAUUCGAUUGAUCUGUCCGAUCCGGACAACAACGUGAAGCUGGUGUCUUCCUCAAACGAAAACUCUCCCAUUAAACGAUCGCCGAUCGCUGCGGGUACGGUGACGAAUCUUGGACAAAAGCUGGCCGGCGUUGGCAACGUUACAAAGCAAAUGGCACGGGACAGUGUGCGUUCGCCGCACGAGCCUAAGAAAAAGCGUGUCACGGUUUACGAAACAUGGAACGUGUUGCAAACCAAAUCCAUCGACUCCACCAUGAAACAGCCCCGUCUGGCGUUGUCAAUGAUAGGCCUCGGCAAUAUUGCCGCCGAUAUCAAGCUGCCAUCGUCCGCCUGGUGCUACCGCACGGUAGUCGAGAAGCGCAAGGUUCUGCCGGCCGAGGGUGACGAGGUGUUUUGCGGCAAGAUACACGAUCUUACCAUAGCGGAGGAGGAUAAAGUCAACUACGAACCGAACAAGAUUUUGUUCCGCCGUAAGGCAGCAUCGCCCGGACGCUUUAAUGUGCAGUUCGAUCGUUCCGUGACUUUCCGCAACGACACGUACACGCUGAACAUUGACGGACAGAUCUGCAAGCUGAUGGCCGCUCCGAGCCGGUUGGAGACGGUGGAUGAUAUUGAAACAUUACUGACGAUUGUCGACUUUAUCGAUGUUACGAAUGGUUGCCUGGAUUUACCGGCAUCCGCACGGCUGCAAGCACGGGAUGCGGCUGCUGCUGCUGCUACCAAACGAUUCUCUGGUAGCAAGGAUCCGGUAAUAAUGUAAAUACGCGCCGCGCGACGUAUGCGAUGGAGAUGAAGCAACGGGAACAACAAUGGGGUGCCGACAACAAUGUGCAAAAAAAAACAAUGCCUCUCGAAUGGUGGUGUGCCGCUUGGAACAAGGAACAUCUCUGAUCUACCGUUGUUACAUUUGUUAUGUUUUGUACGAAUGUUUGAG